AUGGCGGCGUACAAAGGGAGGGAAAGCCUGGAGCCGGUGUUUACGUUUCACCUGAACCAAAAAAUCCAGCCGAGGAAGGUGACCGUCGGGAAGUACGACGGACUUCACGCCUGCCUCACGGCCGCCACGGCCUCGGACAAGGUGCUGGUGCACAACCCUCGCGGCCCGAGCGGGCCCACAGGGGAGUCGAGCGGUGUGUCACUUCUGAGCCUGAGCCAGGCGGUGCACUGUCUCGUCGCCGGAAGCCUGAGGCCUGGCGCCAAGGAGGAUGUGCUGCUCGUGGGCACGGCCACGGCACUGCUCGCCUACGACGUCGAGAACAACGCCGACCUCUUCUUCCGCGAGGUUCCGGACGGAGCCAACUGCAUCACUACGGGCUACCUGGGAACGCUGCGGAACCCGGUCGUACUCGUGGGCGGCAACUGCUCCAUCCAGGGUUACGACCACGAGGGAAAAGACGUCUUCUGGACCGUCACCGGGGACAACGUGCGAGCGCUGGCGCUUUACGACUACCUAAAAGACGGGCUCAAUGAGCUCUUGGUCGGGUCUGAAGACUUUGACAUCCGCAUCUUCAAGGAGGACAUCAUCGUGUCAGAAAUCACGGAAACGGAGGCGAUCACAGCACUCUGUCCCAUCACGGAGGACUGCUUCGCCUACGCCUUGAGUAACGGAACCAUCGGAGUCUACAAGGGAACCGACAGGAUCUGGAGGAUCAAGUCAAAAAACCACGUGACCUGCUUGCACGGAUACGAUAUCGAUGGUGAUGGAGUACCUGAACUUAUCACCGGGUGGAGCAACGGAAAGGUGGACGGCCGCCACGUGACCACGGGCGAGGUGGUCUUCCGGGACUCCUUCCCGCACGGUGUUGCGGGCAUCGUGCAGGCAGACUACUGCGGAGACGGACGGGAAGAGCUCAUCGUCUGCUCCGUCAACGGCGAAGUGCGAGGCUAUCUUCCAACCACGGCAGAGCUGAGGCAGCAAAUUGUGGAUGCCACUUUUGAACAAGACACUGUCCGCGAGCUCAGUCAAAAGAAGCAGAUGCUUCAAUUGGAAAUGCGCAACUACGAAGGACAAGCGAAGACGGCGAGCGGUACCCCGAAGGGAACUACAGACCAGCGCUACGGAACCAUCUCGGCAGGCACGCAGUUGAAAACACUGCUUGCCAUCAAUUCUGGAACGGCUGACAUCUCGCCUCACGUGGAGGUAGCACUCAAGACGAACAACGAAACCGUCAUACAUGCCGUCAUGCUGUUUGCGGAAGGAAUCUUUAGCGGCGAAAGCUUUGUCCACCACCCGAAGGACGACGCAGUGACGUCCGAAGCAAGCAUUCCGCUGUUUCCGACCAAGGAUCAGGCCGUCGAUCUUCACCUCAAAGUCUUCGUCGGGCAGAAAAACAGCAAACACUUCCACGUGUUCGAAGUGUCCCGCCAGCUGCCCAAGUUCGCCAUGUACCUGCUGGUGGACGAAGCGCGCACUAAGACGCCGACAGGCAGCGUUCGCUUCAAGCUGGCUGAACGACCGCAGCGGGUAGCCUCGUGGGUGAACCAGAACUUCUUGCUACCCGAGGACCUCUGUCCCGACGAUCGCUUUCAUGUCACUUACGUCUCCUUGAGGGAACUCAAGCCCAUCACAAUUCGCCUCUGUUUUUCCUCACAGGUAACCAUAGAGACGGACAUGAUGGAAGUGGCCGCCGAAAUGGUCCAGUCCCUUGCAGCCUUCCUGUCGCUGCAAGAACUCGAGUCUACGGCCCAUUUCCCCGAAGAUAACGCUAACCUGCAGCUUCUCAUGAGCAAGGUUCAAGAACACCUAUCCGCGAGGCUUACCAUAUCCGCCAACAUGGCGGACACCGCCACUAUAGUUCGUGACCUCGUCCUGAGGGCUGAAGACUCUAGGCUCAUGGGCGACUUCAAGUCGAUGCGGAACUGGUACCAGGAGCUGCAGGCCCUGAACAGAGAGCUGAUCAGUGGCUACAAGAUACGUUGUCACAGCCACGAGGAAUUGAUGGCGUGCCUGCGGCAGUUGAACCAGGGCAUCCAGAGGGGCGCCAGACUACGGGUGGGACGCUUCAAGUCUCGGGUCGUGCUCUGCGCAAGGGCCGCAGUCAAGGCUGCCGACGCCGGCGGCCUGGUCCGGGCCAUCUCCACAGGGGAACCCUGA